GCAACACUCUCUUCUGGCUUUUAUGGGCACCAGGCAAGCACUCACUACAGUUACAUAGUUGCAGGCAAAAUGGUCAUACAGCCUUCAAGCAAAAUAAAGGGACCCAAGGAGAGUUUCUUUGAUGUUCCUGCUUUCUUAACUGUCUCAGGACAACUUCACCUAGAAGUGAUGUCAGGAGCUUUUACCCAAGUAUUUACCUUUGGUCCAACAUUCCGAGCUGAGAAUUCUCAGAGCCGGAGACACCUGGCUGAAUUUUAUAUGGUUGAAGCGGAGAUUUCUUUUGUUGAAAGCCUUCAGGAUCUCAUGCAGGUCAUGGAGGAACUCUUCAAGGCGACCACGGAGAUGGUUCUCUCACACUGUCCUGAAGAUGUUGAAUUGUGUCACCAGUUCAUAGCUGCUGGCCAGAAGGGCAGACUAGAACAUAUGCUAAAAAACAACUUCCUAAUCAUUUCUUAUACGGAGGCAAUUGAGAUCUUAAAGCAAGCAUCCCAGAACUUCGCCUUUACACCCAAGUGGGGUGUUGAUCUACAAACGGAACAUGAGAAGUACCUGGUGAGACACUGUGGCAACAUACCAGUCUUUGUCAUUAAUUAUCCAUCAGAACUCAAGCCCUUCUACAUGAGGGAGAAUGAAGAUGGUCCUCAGAAUACAGUUGCUGCUGUAGAUCUUCUGGUUCCUGGAGUUGGGGAGCUCUUUGGAGGUAGCCUCAGGGAGGAACGGUACCACGUCCUAGAGCAGCGACUAGCAAGAUCAGGACUUACGAAAGCCUACCAGUGGUACCUGGAUCUUCGCAAGUUUGGAUCUGUGCCCCAUGGAGGCUUCGGGAUGGGAUUUGAACGCUACUUACAGUGCAUCCUAGGAGUUGACAAUAUCAAAGAUGUUAUCCCUUUUCCAAGGUUUACUCAUUCGUGUCUUUUGUAGCUGAAAGACUGUUUAAUGGAAAGUGCUCCAUCACCUCAUCUACACAUGAGUAUGUGUAGAAAAGACUGGGUGUUUGCAGUCUGGAAAUGUGGAUUUCAGUGCACAAUUCUUGUGCUUUGAGAUGUACUAUAUGAAAAAUAGAAAUGGUCUUGAUCAUCUUAAGUCAAAGGCUUUUCAUGGACAGAUAAACUCCCCCAAGGAGAAAUACUAAGAGCAAGUGGACUUUCAAAUCUGUUACCUCAAUUAGGACUGGGCAUGUUGUCCAGCUAGUGGAGAAGCCGGUUCAGGAGAGUAACUUGAGCCCGGAUAACAUCUCAAGAAAGAGGAAAGGAAGAUAUGGAAGUGUAGGAUCUCAGCGUUCCUCAGGGACUCUGACUUGAUAGCCAUGUCUCACCCUGCUUUGCCUUUCAUUGGUAGCUCAUUUCCCCUUGUUGUUUGUUUUUUAACAACUAGUGACUAAAAAUAAGGUGAUGUUGACCCUUUUCUUCCUUGCCAUUUAAACUUACAUGACACCAAUCUUAUUCUCUGUGCUUUACUCAACUUUAUAGAAGAAAAUAUUCCUUUUCAGAGUCUAAAUUGACUAAUGAAGUGGCUAUUCUGAAUUGAACCAUUCAUCAUUGGGUGGUGAAAAAAAAUCACAUUUAAUAACUGUUGAUCUUUAGUUUUAAAAGUUAAAGAGCUAAAAUUAACCAUUUAAACUUGUCAAUCAUUGUUCUAGUUCAUUUAUAUUAGAUGUUUGUAAAUAUUCUAAUAGUCAUUAAAAUUCUUUUAAGUUAAAACCUAUGAAAGAAGUUAUUUUUAAAUUCCUCUUGAUCCUUUCCCAGUGGAAUUUGGAAGAAAGGUAUCUUUAAUGGAAGGUGGUGUUGGAAAUGUGGCCAAACCUACGCAAUGGGUAAUUUUAGAAUAUGGUGUGGCCUGAUAGAAUGUGACCAGUGCCCCUUAGAGUGCUCAAGACCUGACAUUCCAGCACCUUGGACAAAAGCAAUUACUUUGUAUAAACUAAAACAUCAUUUCCACAGAGGUCUUACAGCGCCGGGACACGCCUGUAUUUGCGUGUGUAUUUAAAACCACACUUGAACUAGAAAUGCAGUUCAGAGGUAAGAGCAUUUGGCUAGCACACUUGGGGCUCUGGGUUUGAUCCUUAUGUGGGUAGGAGGGGGGUGUCACACUUUUAAAAACUCUUGACUUGUUUUAGUCUUUUUACCAGGCUUCAUUUAUGGAGAACUAUUGUUGGUUGUUUAUUCAGUUGAAUUUAUAUGUAUCAAAUAAUUAUAAAAUGUCAUGCAUACCUAAAAUAAUUUUCAAAGUUUCAUUAGAUACUCUUGCAGGUUAAUUACUUUUUAAUUUAAUUUUAUGUAUCUGGUUGUUUUCUCUACAUACAUGUAUGUACACCAGUUACAUGCCUGGCACCACCCACAGAGACUGAAAGGGGGCAUCCGAUCCCCUGGAAUUUGUAGUUAGAGAUGGUUGUGAGCUGCUGUGUGUUUGCUGGGAAUAGAACCUGGCUCCUCUGGAAGACCAGCCAGUCCUCUUAACUGCUGAACCAUCUCCCCAGCCCUCUUAGGUUAAUUCUGUAUAGCCCUGACUGUCCUGGAACUUUCUAAGUAGACCAAACUGCCCUUGACCUCAGUUGGGCACAACCAGGCCUGGCCCUCCCUUUGGUUAGUUUUUAACCAGUUUAGGUUGUGUUUCUUAGCCUAAUUCAAAGUUAACAUCUGAAGAGUAAACUUCAGAACCUCAGGGUUAAAAGACACCUAAGAGGUUGACUGGGUUGUCCUGCCUAAUGCAGAGAGCACCUCCUGCCUGGGCCAUGUGUUUGGGGAUUUUUUGGUUGUUGUUAUUGUUUUUUGUUUGAAAAGAUUUUUUUCUUGAAAAGAUUUUCAUUCCACUGCUGAAUCUUUAUAAUCAGGAUAAUUGCUAAGGUAAAGUCCCAGCCCCAGUCUACUUUCCCUUGCAUGCUAAGUUUAGGGACCAAUGAGAGGGAUAAUGGGCUUUCAUCGGACUCACUGCAGCCGUGAUUAAAGAAGUCCAUUUGUGUAUUCAAAGAAUACUGUUUGCGCUUCUUUUGUUUGUCAGUACCGUGCUAGGUGCUAAGCAGUUAUGAACAAAACAGAAAUGACACUUCAUGGAAUUUAUAACCUAUUAGAAAAGACCUAUUUGUGAAAAAGGAUGAAAAUACUGGUCAAAGAGGCUUGUGGGUAAUAUAACAUGCUUGCCAGCAGCAAACAUGUAAAUGACUGUAUAUGUCUGCAUAUAGAGAAUACAUAGUUAUAGCAAUAGAAUAAAUAGUUCAAUCAAUCACUGGGCAAAUUUUUUAAACAGGCAUUUCUCAAAAGAAGCACAACUUUUAAAAAAGAAACACAAAUGAUCAAUAAAUACACACACACACACACACACACACACACACACACCUUUAUCAACAUCCUCAGCUAUAAAGGAAAUGAAAAUCAAAACUGCAUUAAGAAUCCAUUUCACCCCUUCCAAAAUGGGUGUCAUCAAGAAAAUGAAUGUUGGUGAGGAUGUAGAGAAAAGAAUUCCUUAUACACUGUUAGAAGGAUGUAAGUUAGUUCAGCCUCUAUGGAAAUCAAUUUGAGGAUUCCAUAUAUAUAUAUAUAUAUAUAUAUAUAUAUAUCUACCAUAUAGUCCUGCUGGACAUACACAGAGGAAUCAGAAGCAGCAUAGCAGAGGGACACCACACCCAUAUUCACUGUUGUGCUGGUCAUGGUAGCCAGGAUGAGAACUGGCCCAGGUGUCCAUAUGCAAAGAAAAUAAGUCAUAUAUGCUCAGGUAGUACACCAUUUACCUUAAAUGGAAUUGUGCCAUUUUCAGGAAAAUGGAUAGGACAAGAAAUCAUGUUAAGCAAAAUAGUCCUAGUAUCACAUAUUCUCUCAUAUAGAAUCUAGAUUUUUGCUUGCUUAUUUGUGUGUUUGUUUUGAAACAAGUUCUUACUAUAUGACCCUGGCUGGCCUAGAACUCAGUUUGUAGACCAGGUUGGCCUUGAACCUCAACCUCCCCAGCUCUGGGAUUGAAGGCAUGUACCCCUGUGCCUGUAGAGUACAGUUUUGUCUGGUUUGGUUUUUAAAAUACAACAUAGAAGGGGGCCAUUUAAGAGAAAGGGAACCAGUGGGAAGGAAAAGAGAAAAGAGGGUAAAGAGGGGGUUAUGAAUGUGAUCUACGGACAUUUUAUGAAAAUGUACAUGUAUGAAAAUGUCAUGAAGCCCAGCAAUUUAAAAGCUCACUGUGCCUCAAUUAGUCUGAGUAUGUGUCUAAAAGGAUCUGUGGUAGUUUGAGUGAGAAUAGCCCCCGUAGGCUCAUAUGUUUGAAUGCCUUGUUGACGGUUGGAAUCAUUUUGGGAAGGGCCAGGAAGUGUGGCCUUGUUAGAGGAGGUGUGUCACUGAAGAUGGGCUUUGUGGUUCAAAGCUCACUCCAAGCCAUCUCUUUGUGUCUCCAGCUUGCAGAUAAGAUGUAGGUUCUGAGGUACUGCUCCCGUGUCAUGCUUGCCUACGUGCUGCCAUGCUCCCAGCCAUGGUCGUCAUGGACUCACCCUCUAAAACUGUAAGCGAGCCCCCAAUUUAAUGCUUUUACAAGUUGCCUUGGUCAUAGUGUCUCUCCACAGCAACAGAAAAGUAACUAAAACAAGGUCUCAUCAUAAGGCUGGCCUGAAAGAACUGAUCCCCUGCCUUAGCCUCCUGAGUGAUGGCUGUAUUUAUAGCCAUGUACACUAACCUACACCUAGCACUACACUGAUAAUUUGGGGGGGUUAUAAUUUAAUAGUAUAGGGUUAUAUAAUAUUCUCUCUCUGUGUGGGAAGCCACAUGUGCCGUUGCAGAGUGGCACUGACUACUGCUGGCCACCACGCAUAAGUUUGGACAAACAACCAAUGUGUACAUAUGCAGUAAAGUUUUUUGCAAAGACACUGCCUGGCCUGGGCAUGAUAAUGAGGCUUUGAGAGUAUAACCAAUCAGAUGUGAGACAUGCAAAUGAGGUAUGAUAAUGAGGCUCUGUGAGGUACAGAGAGAGUAACCAAUCAGAUGUGAGACAUGCAAAUGAGGUAUGAUAAUAAGGCUCUGUGAGGUACAGAGAGAGAGAGUAACCAAUCAGAUGUGAGACAUGCAAAUGAGGUAUGAUAAUGAGGCUCUGUGAGGUACAGAGAGAGAGAGAGAGAGAGAGAGAGAGAGAGAGAGAGAGAGAGAGAGAGAGAGAAGCCAAUCAGAUGAGGAACAUGCAAAUGAGGCAUAGUGUAUAACCAAUCUGGGUGUGAGACACGCCUCUCCUAGGCCUAUAUAAGCAGCACCAGUUCUGGGCUCGGGGUCUCUUCGCCUCUGCAAUCAAGCUCUCCCAAUAAACAUGUGCAGAAGGAUCCUGUUGCAGCGUCGUUACUGCUGGCCAGUCCGGCGCGUGCAAGAUCUCUGCAUGUGUGUACACACGUGAAUACAUUUAUAGACGCCAAAGGAAUUUGUUAAAUCCUCAGAGCUGCAGUUGCAGGGAUAUAAGGGGGGGCAGGGGGUGAGAUAUUGAUCAAUCUCUGGUUCUCCUGUUGGGUAGUAAACACUCCUAACUGCUGAGUCAUCUCUGUAGCCCCAUAAAAAUGUUACAAUGUGUUAUAUAUUAAAAGGUUGGUUUAAGUUGAGCUAGGUUUUUUUUGGAAAAACUGAUUUCCAAUGGGAAAGAAAUGAAAAUCGAUUUUCCCAACCUUUUCAAAUAUCACCUCCAAGUGAUAAUCCCAGCAGUUCAAGAGUAUGAUCUAAAAGGAUGUUCUAAAGUGUAUAUGUUUUUUUGAAAUUUCCGUUUGACUGUCUUCUUUGCUGGUGGCAGUUGUCAUGUUUCUUUGAUCUAGGAGAACGGGGUGGUGUGAUUCAUGCUCUCUACACUGUACUCUCACGGUCUGACCCAUCUCAGAGACUGCUGAACUGUCACAGAUCAGCAAGCAGCUCUUUGACCUGUGCCCUUCUCCAGCGCGAUCUGUCAGAUGCUUCCCUUUCCAGUUCCAUGGUUUGCAUUCACCUUCUGCCAUCCGAGCAUGACGGCACAGGCGCUGAAGAAGCUUCGGUGGGAUGGAAUAGCUCUGCCUGCUCGUUUGCUUUGCAUUGCUGUUUAUUCAUAGAUUUGUGUUAGUAAGUGGAUGAAGUAAGAACAUAACAGAUGAAAGACUGAUAAAAUUGGUAAAUGUGUGGGGUAUUUUGGCUUCUGAUGAAUAUUUGUAUUCAGUCUACAAUCUACGCUAUGUAUAAUUAAGAAAGGCAUAGGUAAGAAAUAUCCAACUGUAACUUCUUCCCAGUUGUUAAUGGGAAAUUAAGAGUUAGGAAAAGCACUAAGAAAUGAGCCAAUGUCAUUCUUGAUCACCCUGUAUUAAAGUGAGUUAGUAGAACUUCCCUAAGUACAUUUUACCAGGUUAUGGUCAACACUGCCUCAUAGAACCUUGGGAUUCUAUGGUAGCCAGAAACCCUGGAUUCUUUUAUCAGUUAUGGCUUCAGAAAUCUUAUUCAGAGUUCUAUCUGGCGGGAAUUUACAGCUUUUAUUAGCACAUGGGGUAUUUUCUGGUGGCCUUUAAGCUUCCAGGUGCUUCCUAAACUGACAUUGAGGCAGACAGACUUCAGGACCUUUUUCUGAAAACCCUAAAUGUAUGUAGUCAUUAGUCUUAUGACUAUCAUUUGGGCAUCAUUUUAUAGUUUCUAAAAUGUUUCCAUGUGUAUUGUUUUCUUAAUUCAUAAAACAGUAGUGUGUUAGUUAGGGUUUUAUUACUGUGAAGAGACAUGACCAAGGCAACUCUUAUAUUGGGACAUUUAUUUGGGGCUGACUUACAGGUCCAGAGGUUCAAUUCAUUAUUAUCAAGGCCAGAGCAUGGUAGCAUCCAGGCAGGCAUGGCGCUAGAAGAGCUGAGAGUUUUAUAUCUUUAUCAGGAAGCCAGGAGCAGACUACUGUCUUCAAGACAGCUAGGAAGACCAUCUCAAUGCCCACUCCCACAGUUAUGCACUUCCUACAAGGUCACACCUCAUAAUAGUGUCACUUCCUGGGCCAAGCAUAUGCAAACCACAAGUAUACUGUAGACCUUGUUCUCUUUUAUUGGAGUGGUCUUGAAAAGAUAGCUUAACUAAGAGAGAGAACCUACAAAUAAAGUCCACAGCCAUCUGCCUCCAAAGAAACUAAGGCCAGAACUUUCUAACCAAAGAAUGUUGCAUUUUAUACUCAAGCAUGUUGUAAAGUACACCUUUGCCUCUAAUUUCUUUGUUCUACAGAGGAAGAAGGGAAUUAAAAUUGGAAGAAAAAAAACACACCGUGAUUGAACUUAAAUACAUUGUAGUGAAAAGAAACUGAAAAUGGGGCAAAGGACACUAGAUCAAGCAAUUCACUUAGGCUUACUAUUACUUGGUUAACCUCAGAGUGGAAUGAAUGAUGGAUACAGGGUCACAUUGUGUAGCCUAGGCUGGCUUCAAACCUAUGGUCCUCUUCCUUCCCCCUCUUCACCCUCCCACUUGCUGGGACUACAGGCAUGCUCUGCCUUACCUUUGUUUCCUUCCUUCCUUCCUGAUAGGUGCUUAUGUGGCCCAGGCUGGCCUGGUACUUAACAUGUAACUAAAGAUGACCUUGAACGCCUAAUCUUCCUAUCUCUGCUUCCCAAGUGCUGGGAGUACAAGUUUGCACUACCACACUAGGUUGAUGUGGUCCUGGGUGUCAAAUCCGAGCUUCCUUUAAUGCUAGAUAAACACUCAACAGCUGAGGACCAUCUCUAGCCAUUCUCAGUUUCUUGAAUGAGUUUAUAUUUCCCCUGUUUUCAUCUUUGGACUAUCUUAGAAUGUACAUAGAAAAAUGGAAGAACUUGGAUGAGAACUGCCGAUAGUCUCCCAAAGUGAAGGAUAUUUGCUAUUUGAAAAAUAUUCCUCUGAUAAUAAAAGCUUAGCAGACCUGACCAGUAAAAGGUUUGGCAUUUUGUUUCACUUUUUUAGUUAUAGGUUAGUUUAGCAGCGCUAUAGAUAUCUAGCAGAACCUGGACUAUUUCCUAUUAUAGCUGAUGCAGCCUUCUCCAUAUGCUGGCUCAACAAGAAAUGCUGGUUCUCUCAUUUUUGUUAGGAUCCUAGUUAAAACCAAACCAAAACAAAAAUCCUCUUACUGGAUAUCAUAUCCACUUCCCAGCCAUCACAUAUAAACUGCCCUCUUUAUUUCCCCAUUCUGGGUAAUUUGCCAACUGCCCUUGUAAAUAGUAAAUAGCAACUCACUGCCUUGAUUCUACUGCAGUAGGAAGGAGAUUGGUGGGUUGCUUCCUGGUUGGUUGGUUUGUUUGGUCAGUUGCAGUACUGGCAGUUGAACCCAGGACCUCACACAUGCUAAACUGACACUCUCCCUCUUACUCCACUAGCCUAAAUACACCACCUUAAGAGAACUUUCUAUCCUUAGAGUGACUGACUAUUAGAAACCCCUGCCUGAUAGUAACUAAACCAGUGUGUAGCUUGUUAACAGCUUAGGAAUGUGGUGACACUUAGCUACUCACAAGCGUUCUCUUCUCCAAUACAAAAGUUAGCUGGAUAACUUAUCUUUUCCUGGGGCAUUAUCCCCCUCCAGGUCACUCCUUAGAGAUGUAUCCUUCAAAUGUGGCUUUUGGCCAGCUGAAAGCUUCCCUCUUCUGUUCACCCCACGUGUGUGUCCUGUGAUGAAACUCUUGGUAGGAGAACUAUGAAGUCACCUAUGCAUCACUGUCUACCUUACAUCCUGUGGUGUUGCUCUAACUCCUGUAAAUACUUCUAAAGUCUCUUUUUUUUUUUUUUGCAUUAUGUAUUUUCUUUUUUUUUUUCCAUUUUUUAUUAGGUAUUUCGCUCAUUUACAUUUGCAAUGCUAUACCAAAAGUCCCCCAUAGCCACCCACCCCCUCUCCCCUACCCACCCACUCCCCUUUUAUGGCCCUGGCGUUCCCCUGUACUGGGGCAUAUAAAGUUUGCGUGUCCAAUGGGCCUCUCUUUCCAGUGAUGGCCGACUAGGCCAUCUUUUGAUGCAUAUGCAGCUAGAGUCAAGAGCUCCGGGGUACUGGUUAGUUCAUAAUGUUGUUCCACCUAUAGGGUUGCAGAUCCCUUUAGCUUCUUUGGUACUUUCUCUAGCUCCUUCAUUGGGGGCCAUGUGAUCCAUCCAAUAGCCGACUGUGAGCAUCCACUUCUAUGUUUGCUAGGCCCAGGCAUACUCUGACAAGAGACAGCUAUAUCAGGGUCCUUUCAGCAUAAUCUUGCUAGUGUAUGCAAUGGUGUUCUAAAGUCUCUUAACUGCACUUUGAGAGAACUCUGAAGUAAUUCCAGCCUUCUUCACUUUUGGAUUGCAAAAACAGGCAUAGUUCAUUAACCCACAGAUUGAGACAGAGUUGAAGCACACUACAUUCUUCCACUGAAGAUUAGCAUUUGUACAUAACAUUUUCUUUGCAGUACCUCAAAAGGUAAGACCUGGUUUCCAUGCAGUCAGUGCCUGUCUGCCCAGUGAUCUCUAAGUGUAGUUCCCAUCUGCCCUAUUCUCAUUACAGGAUUUUUCGCUGGGAAACUAAUGAGUUAGUUAAAUUUCCUGCAGAACAUUUUCUGAGUAUUUGGCGACAAAGAAAUGAUAACUGGCUGUUGAAGACCCUGGUUAAGCCUGAUAUUCUCUUUCCUGGAUGUGUAAUCUCUGAAGUCUGCAGUCCACCUACAAAUGAUAAUAAAGCUCCUAUAUUGUGGGGAGAAGCUGUGAGGUUAUAUGACAGGGCUUCAUAACUUGAAAGCACAGCCUAAUCUCAGGUCUCUUAAGGGAACCUCUUAGAAAAUUAAAAGUAAAAACAUUUAAAUUAACAUAUGUCAAAUGAAGUAUUUACAGCUAGUAAGGAUAUGAGAAAAUAUGCCAAAAUUUUUGAACAGUUAAGUUUUAAUCUCUGGGUAAAUCCUGAAUACAUAAAAGAAAUAAGUUAUUACAGUGCAGUGGCAUUGUGUGACAGGCUGUUAAAGUAUUCAGUUCAGGUCAAUAAACUUUUACUGACCACUCACUGUGCCACACCCUGUGAUGCACUCUCUGGAUAGAGAUAACCGACAAGCCCCAGUUCACUCAGUCUUUGUCAGAGGUUAUGGGUUAUAUAUUGAGUAUAUCUGGGAUAAAACAGCCUAUAAUUGACAUUUUUGUCAACAGUCACGUCAACUAAGAUGUGAGAAUUUAUAUCUAGCUAUGUAAGAGUUUCUGCACAGAGAAAAGUUCCGAGGGGUUUUAAUUAAUUCUCUUGUAUAUGAUAAAGGGUGUGUAAUCAUACACGUCCUACUCAUGUGAUAGUGGGUUUGGACUCAGUGUUCUCUGUUGUUGCUGAUACUUGACACUUGUUCUUACCAUGUUAGCCAGACAUAUAGGGCAGCCUGCCUCAGUCUCCCAAGUGCCAGGAUUAGAGGUAUUUGCAGCCAUGCUGGUUUGUUCCCUGUACUUUUAAGCUAGUUUUUAUGCUACCACAUGAAGUAGAAGUAUGAUAGCUGAUGGAAACUCAUGCCCCACAGCCUGCUGUAGCUCUCAUCCCACGUCGAUUCUCCAACACUCUCCCAUGUUUCCUCCUCUCUGUGCUUUCUCCCUCCCUGGUUUCUCUUAUGCUAGCGGUAUAUCAGGGUCCAGGUGCUUCCCCUUCCUUUUUCCAUGCCAGCACCCCUGGGCUGUCAAUUGAAAACAACUUCUUUCGUUUUCCUAGAUACUAACGUGUAUGAGUUAGUAUUAAAAAAAAAAAUCAGAGUGAGCUGUUUGUGGAUUAAUGAUAACAAAACAUCCAGACUCAAAAGCAAUAAUUGAAACUAGUCCUGGGGCCUGGGAGUGCUGCUCUGUGGGAGGGGUGCUUGUCAAGCACACUUCAAUCCCCACACUGUAUAAGCAUAGUACAUGUAUAAACAUAGUACAUGCCUGUAGUCCCCGCACUUAAGAGGUGGCUACAGAAGAAUGAGACAUUCCAGCUCAUCUUCAGCUACAUAACGAGUUCAAGUCUAGCAUAAAUUGCACGAGGCUCUCUCAUUUAAGAAAAUGUUUUUAAAAAGUAAUAGACGAAAUCUGGUGUUAUAUGCCUAAAAUCCCAGCACUCAGGAAGCUAAAGCAAGAGAAUAGUAAGUCUGAGGCUAACCUGAGUUUCAUGAGAUGCUAUCUCAAAACAUACACAAAAGGGGAUGGAGAGAUGAUGGCUCAGAGGUUAAGAGCACUGACUGCUCUUCCAGAUGUCCUGAGAUCAAGUCCCAGCAACCACAUGGUGGCUCACAACCAUCUGUAAUAGGAUCUGAUGCCCUCUUCUGGUGUGUCUGAAGACAGCUACAGUGUACUCAUAUAAAUAAAAAAAUAAAAGAAAAAAAAGUACACAAAAAUUGGACGUUCAACUAAUAGUCUAUAGUCUGUCUCUGGGUUCUGUGUUCAGAAAGGUGACUUCUGUGGCAUAUCUCUUGGCAUUGCUUCUUGAAUACAGUUACUGGCAGGUGCCACUGAAAUGGUAUUCAGUUAAUACCAUUCAAUGAAUAUAUUCAGCUGAAAAAAUUUAGAAGCAGGCUCAGAUGGAUUAGGCUGAAAUCGCUCAGAUUUUUCAGGUAAUGAUUCUCUUUAAGCUAUCUUUAAUUCUAGACAAGUUUCUUGUCUCUAAUUUAAAGUGGUAACUUAUAUUCUCUAAUUCAACAAAUUUUCAUUCCCUAGAUGACCCGAAAGCAAAUUGAAAUACGAGUCCCUAUUUUUUUAGUCCCCAUAGAGGUGGUGAAUAAUUUCUUAUUGCAUCUAAACAUACCUCAUAAAACCCUGCUCAGGUGAGGGAAAAGACCUGAAACCCUGAGGACCAGCAGAAAGAAUGGAAACAGGCAGCCUCAGAAAAUAGGAGGUUGGGGCAAUCCUCCAGAAUGCACCAGAGACCUAGAAGGUGAGAGACUCUCAGGACUCAGAGGGAGGGACCUUAGAUGAAAUGCCCUAGAGUAGGGAGAGGGAAUUUAUAGAGCCCACCUCCAGCAGGAAGACAGGACACCAAGUGAGGGAUGGGUUGCCAUCCUACAGUCACACCUAUGACCCAUAAUUGUUCCUGUCUGAAAGAAUUACAGGGAUGGAAACGGAGAGGAGCCUGAGGAAAAGAAGGUCCAGCGACAGGCUCAAAAUGGGAUCCAGCUCAAGGGGAGGUCCCAAGGCGUGACACUAUUUCUGAGGCUAUGGAGCACUCACAAAAAGGAACCUAUCAUGACUGCCCUUCAAAAGACCCAACAAGCAGCUGAAAAAGUCAGAUGCAGAUAUUUGCACCCAACCCAUGGAUAGAAGCAGCUGACCCCUAUUGUUGAAUUAGGGAAAGCUGAAAGAAGCUGAGGAGAAGGGUGAUCCUGUAGGAGGACCAGCAAGCAUCUCAAUUAUCUGGAUUCCCAAGAUCUCUCAAACACUGGACCACUAAACAGAGAGCAUACACCAGCUGAUAUGAAGCCCCCAACACACAUACAUUCCGAGUCUGUGUUCAUUCAGAGAUGAUGCACCUAACACUCAAGAGACUGGAGGCCGCAGGGAGUUUAGAGGUCAGGUGGGGUGGGGAGUUGGGAAGGAGGUAUGGUAUGUGGAACAGUGGGAGAGUGGAUGAGGAGGGGAAUAAAAUAUGGAGUGUUAAUUAAGCAAGCAAACCCGCUCAGGCACUGCUGCAGAGACCUGCCCACCUCUGCCCAGAAGGAUCUGGAGCUUCCCAAGCAGCUUUGUUCGUCUUGGGCUUGUGUGCUUGAGAUGGUAGUUUCUCAGCAAAUCCAUUCACAUCAAUAACCAUUCCUAAGUCACGUGUAUUUGGAUAUAAGCAUAAUAUUUUGUAUUUGAAAGAAAGGCAUGCUUGUCUAAGUGGUUUUGAAGUCAAGUGAUAACUAGAUACACACUGAAAAAAGCUGGGUCGCCUUUUACACCUAUCAUGUUUUUCAGGCCUGAAGUGGUAGUACAUUCUUGUAAGCCCAAUACUUAGAACCUGAGCUAAAAGGAUGAGCCACACUUUUGAGGACAGCCUGUAUACCAAGACUGUCUCAGAGAAGGGGAGGAGAGAAGGGGGCGGGACUGGGAUGCAACUCAGUCAGAGAGCGCUUGCUGAGGACGCACUAAGCUCUUGUUUGGGUCCCAGGACCUCAUAAUUGUUUAUUGUUAAGUUCAUUAAUUGGAUCAGAGGAAUUUCAGAGGAUAAUCUUUGAGGUUUUUUUCCCCCUAGAACGUUAUGAAAAUAUUAAAUUAAAGUUGCUGCCAACAUACUUCUAACUACUCUAGGACAAGCAAACAGUAGAUGAAUCUCCCACUCGUUUGAGAGACACUGGACCCUGGAUAUGCUUGCAUGUCAUUUGACUUCAGCUGCUUUCCUUUUUUACUUAUUGUGUUUAAUAUGGUUAAUAACUCCUAAUCCCAGUGGAGCUGUCAUUUAGAAAGGGGCUGAGCCGGAAGCUGUGUUAAUUCUGGCUUUUGUUUCAGCCUCUAAAUGUAAUGACACAUGAUUGUUGAGCCAACAGUAAUCCAGUUUUAAAAAAAAAAAAAAAGAACAGUCUUCAGAGUUAUUACAUCAUCAGAAUUAGCCCUGAUUACAUCAAAUUAUGUUGAAACAGACCACAGCUGUUUGCCCUGUUGCAUGCAGCAACUGCCUGAGGCCUCAUCCAGAAGAUACAUCUGGGUGUCAGGAAGAUGUUUGGGGGUUAUUUUUGUUCCACAGUACUAAGGUACCAGGGAAACAACCUGUUCUCUUUCCACUGCUUGGUAGGAGCUGAAAACUUUGUAACUACCCAGCAGCAGUCGAGAAUCACCUCCAUUACCAAAGAGAAGGGACCCAGGACCUUUUGUACAAUUUUCCAUAAGUGGAAAAAGUUUAAGAAGGAAAGUCAACCUAACUGACUAGAGAAGAGGGGGUCAGAGGUCAUUAGGCUGUGUGCCUCUGUGUGCUAGAGCUGCUGGCUCAGGACAGGUGGUGAAAACAGUUGGAUUUACCUUGUAUGUCGGUUGUUAAAUAAUGCUUAAAUUGUAACAAAAAUGGAAUCAGAAAAGAUGUAGAGAGGUUGGAGCCCUGCUCAGACUUUGCAGGUAGGUGUGGCUGCUCUGGACAACAAUCCAUCAGUACUUCAGUAGUUGAACAGGGGGCUGGAGAGAGCUUAGUAUUCUUGCAGAGCAUUUGGUGGCUGAUUCCCAGGACCCACGUGGUGGCUCACAAAUGCCUGUAAUUCAGUUCCAGGGUUCUGAUACAAUCUUCUGGCCUCUUUGGGCUCCUGUGCCUAAGUGGUGCACAUACACUCAGUCAAGCAAAUGGUCAGACAUAGAAAAUAAGGACAUAUUUUUUUUAAAGUUGAACAGACCAGACCCACCUGGGCUACUGUUAUGGUUUGGGUUUAAAAUGUCCCUACAGGUUCCAGUUCUGAGUGCUUAUUCCCCAGGUAUUGUUUUGGAAGGCUGUGGAACCUUUAAGAGGUGGGGCCUAAGUGACCAAAGUAGGUACUAGGGCCAGGAUUUUUAAGACUGAACCUGCCCUGAAUCCCCACCCUGUUCCUGCUCCAAGCUCUCUUCCUGGUUCUGAGUCUGGGAAAAGUUUCUGUCACAGGCUCUCACUGCUGCCAACGCUCUAAUCUCUGCAUUCUCCACCAUGACAGCCUGAAACCAGUAACCAAACUAAAUCCUUCUUCUCUAAAGUUGUGUCACCAUGAUGCAAACAGCUAAUGCAGCUACUUUGUGAGGCCCUAUCUAAAAAAUUAAAUAAAAAGCUGAUUAGAAAUCA